CCUGGGUGCUUUUAAAAGACAGAUGUCUUUUAAAUUUAACACGGGGACCCCUCACAUAAGGAUGAUCAGUAUGCAUGACAUUUUCAAAAAUGGAAAACCCCUGUUUAAUAAAGCCACACAGCUCGAGAAAAACGCUUUUGGAACCUUUCUUUUAAAAGUGUGUGGUGAUAAAUGUCCCCAUAACCACAGCAAAAUCUGAAAUCAUCUACAUUGUGGAGACCAGCCAACAGUUCUCAAGGGGAAAAUGACUCUAUUUGGUGUGUGUCCACGUCUUUUGUUCCCCCCCCAUACACACCAUUACAGUGCAAAAAACAGCACACAGAAGCAAUCAAUGCAAGCUUGCAAGUCCUGGCGAAAAACUCCAAGUGCAUUUUUCAUCAAUUUUGCAUUUGCACAUUCAAAUUUCACGUUGUCAUCAGAGUCUCCGCCUGAAGCAAAGCCAUAACUGUAGCCUGCUUGUGAAAACAGGCACGCUUUGAACACAUUUAAAAAGCAUCUUUAAACGGAUAGGCUCUGUCGUAACAACGCGAACCAAUGAUUAAUCAUAUAUGGAGAGAGUUUCAUCAAAGGAAAGCACGGGAAUGUGCCAUCUGCUGGCCAGAAAGGUGACGCGCUAUUUUCAUCAAACUCUUCAAUACGUGACGUUAUGCUUUUGUCACCAGAAGCUGAGGAGUCCGCUCUUGUCUUUCUUUCACUUCUCCAGAAAGCGCAGAGGAGACUUUCGCAGCCCUGACGCCCUCGUUGGAGACGCUAUCUGAACACAAACACAGUAUAUGAUGAACGCAAUGGGGAGUGAUGGGAGCGUUCAGCAGUGUUAAGUGAGCGCAUUUGUUUGGUUAUCUGGAGUGUGCAUGGACUGAUGAACGCUGUCGAGCCUCCAACAACUAACUGCACAGAUCACCGACACCGAGAGAUAGAAUGCAGAUAUGACGAAGGUUUUGUUGCUGAGAACUCCAGCUGAGAUUUAGGGAUUGUUAUGUGAGCUCAGGUGAAGUCCCAUCAUUUUAUGCUGGUGGAGAGGAGAGAGAUGCUUCACUCGGCUGCCAUGACAACAGGACUUAUCUUUGUCAACUGGCUCUUGUACACCAGCGCAUGGGGUAACCCCAUUGUGUCUGUGCCAGAGGGCGGAGAAAAAGAGCGUUUGGAGAGAGUUCUGACCCAGGCCAAGGAGAGCGCGCUGAGUCCCAGUGCAAAGCAGCGUCUGGAGGAGAUUAGUAAUCUUGAACUGGAAGGGAUCAAUGGGGGAAACAAAUCCAGUGCUAGAAACCGAUCCAAUUUAAGUCCCAUGAGACAAGUAUCCAAAAAGACUUUAGAAGCCUGGGGUGAGCAGACCGAAGAAGCUCCCACGGAGGGGGCGAAUGUAUCUGUCGAGUCCGUCGAUGAGUAUGCGUACCCCGAUUACAGGGGUAAGGGCUGCAUGGAUGAGACAGGGUUUGUGUUCGCCAUAGGGGAGAAAUUUACUCCAGGACCCUCUACAUGUCCCUGCUUGUGCACCGACGAAGGUCCACUGUGCGCCCAGCCAGAGUGUCCGAAACUUCACCCCCGUUGCCUGCGUGUUGACACUAGCCAGUGUUGUCCACAGUGCAAAGAAAAGAAAAACUACUGUGAAUUCAGAGGGAAGAUCUACUCAUCUCUGGAGGAGUUUAAGGUGUCUUCAUGUGAGAAGUGCCGUUGUGAGCCAAGCGGAGAGGUUUUGUGUUCGGUGUCAGCUUGCCCACAGACAGAUUGCGUUGAUCCAGAAUAUGAGCCCGACCAGUGCUGCCCAGUGUGUAAGAGCGGGCCAAACUGCUAUGCGGACAUGGCGGUGAUCCCGGCUGGCCGUGAGGUCAAGAUCGACGAAUGCACCAUCUGCUACUGCACGUACGAGGAGGGCACCUGGCGUAUCGAACGGCAGGCCACCUGCAGCAAGAACGAGUGCCAGCCGAGCUAAGGUGGCGACGCUCCCCGGCCUUCGCUCAGACAGCUGCGUAUCGGCCGCCCCAGCUGCGGUCUGUAUCGGCUCAGCACGGCGACUUAGGGCCUCGCACGCAGCCAAUACGCCGGCCCCGAGUGAUGUUACAUCAGUCACGGCCAUUUGUGACAGCUCAUGACUAUAUGAACUCAGAGUGUCCAAAAGCAUGCAGCGGAUGGAGCGGAUAACCUGGGAACACGACCAAAGGCCAGUGUGCUAAAUGCUACAUUCCUCACGCUGCGAUGGAGCCUCUGAGUUGACAUAGCGUCAUGACGAGUGACAUUCAUACAUUAGAGUUACACAUAUAUAGCGUUAGAAUCAAGAGGCAUGGAGUUAAAUUCAACUAUAUUAGUACUUCAACUUUAUAUUGAGAUUUAUAACCCAUAUAAAGGAUAUUUAUUUAUGUAAGUGCUGGUGAAACGAUAACGAUUAAAAUAUCUGAUAUUUUUUAUAGCCGCUGUAUUUUGAUAUGCAGUUACGUUUAAUACCGGGUCCAACACAAUCCAUAUAAUGGGAAUGUAUUACACACCUGCCUGUGCGGCUGUCAGCUUGUCUGGAGGGAGGUUUCGUCAAAGAUGACAAGCUGCAGUCAGCAAUCGCAUACAACAUCUAGCCCGACGCCUUUUCAGGAUAGUAAACGAAGCAGGAUUUGGAAGGGAAUCCAAAAAAAGAUGGAAAAAAGAUGCUUGCUGAUGUUUGCGUUCAUGUCUCUGUUGUGCUCUUAACUGAGGUUCAUUUUGCUAAGAAGUGUUUUUAUGUGCGUGUGUGUUUUCAUGUUGCAAAUAAAUGGUUAC